UGGGCCUUAAAACCCUCUUCUUCUUCGCUGCAGCUUCACUACUCCAAUCCACCCGAAAAUGGUCGCCGUGAAAAAGAACAAACCCCCAAGGGACGCCGCCGUCGACCUCAACUCCGACGUAGCCGCCUUCGCCUCCACCCUCGGAUUUUCCUCCUCCGCCCCCUCCUCCGGCUUCAACGACUCUGAUUUCCGCAAAACCGGCUCCUUCAAAGCCGCCUCUCAAUCGCCAAAAUCCGCAGCCAAAAGCCCUAAAGCGAACCCCAAGCAGCAUCCUAAGCCAGCUCAAAACCAGAAGCGCGAUUUCAGGAACAGCAAUUCGCAGGAAAAACAUGUUAACAGUAAGUUCGGCAAUCCUAAACCGAACCCCAAGCAAUAUCCCAAACCAGCUCAGAACCAGAAGCGCGAUUUCAGGAGCAAUAAUUCACAGGGAAAUCAUGCCGGUGGUAGGUUCAACAAUCCUAGACCAGUUCAAAACGAGAAGGUCGAUUUCAUGAGCAGUAAUUUGCCGGAGGAGAAUGCUGUUGAUAGUAAGUUUAAGAAUCUCCCGAAGCUUCCGCUGGUGAAAUCGAGCUUGGCGGGAGUGUGGCACAGCGACUUGGCGGAGCUGGAGGAGAAAUUGAUCGGGAAUGAUAAGAAAAUCGAGUUCAAGGAUGCGGAGGAGUGGAAGGGAUUGGUGGAGAAGAAGAGGGAAUUGGGGGAGCGAUUAUUGGCUCAGUACGCCCAGGAAUAUAUGACGUCGCGAGGACAACAUGGAGAUAUUAAGAUGCUUUUUGCAACACAGAGGUCAGGGACGGCCGCUGAUAAGGUUUCCGCGCUGUCUGUUUUGAUUGGGGAUAAUGCAGUUGCCAAUCUGAGGGCAGUUGACACUCUUUUGGGAAUGGUGACUUCAAAAGUUGGGAAACGACAUGCAUUCACAGCCUUUGAAGCACUGAAAGAAAUGUUUCUUAUUCUGUUACCUGAUCGGAAACUGAAAACACUCUCUCAGAAGCCUCUAAAUCACCUCUCCGAUACCAAAGAUGGUUAUUCUCUGUUACUCUUUUGGUAUUGGGAGCAAUCUUUGAAGGAGAGGUAUGAACAAUUUGUUUCCGCUCUUCAGGAAGCUUCCCUGGAUGUGAUAGUUAGGCUCAAAAGCAUGGCACUAAAGAUUAUAUAUACGUUGCUGAAGAACAAAUCAGAACAAGAGCGCAAAUUGCUAUCUGCACUGGUCAAUAAGCUUGGAGAUCCUGAAAACAAAGUUGCGUCAAAUGCUGAUUAUCACUUGGCGAAUCUUUUAUCUGAGCAUCCAAAUAUGAAGGCAGUGGUAAUAGAUGAAGUGGACACUUUCCUUUUUCGACCUCGUCUUGGAUUACGCUCCAAGUACCAUGCUGUGAACUUCUUGACUCAAAUUCGUUUGAGUCACAAAGGGGAUGGGCCUAAAGCAGCAAAGCGGUUGAUUGAUAUAUAUUUUGCCCUUUUCAAGCUUUUGAUAUCAGAGGCUUCAACAGCACAAUCAGAGGAGAAGGACAAAAAAAAUUCAAGUUCUUCGAAAGAGGGCAAAUCAAAAGCCUUAUCAGAGUCACAUAUUGAAAUGGAUUCACGGUUAUUAUCGGCUCUAUUAACGGGUGUUAAUCGAGCUUUCCCAUUUGUGUCAACUGAUGAAGCUGAUGAUGUUAUAGAGGUCCAGACGCCACUGUUGUUCCAGCUGGUUCAUUCUAAGAAUUUCAAUGUGGGUGUCCAAGCACUCAUGCUUCUUGACAAAAUCUCAUCCAAAAAUCAAAUUGUCAGUGACCGGUUUUAUCGUGCCUUGUACUCAAAAUUGCUGCUUCCAGCUGCAAUGAAUUCUUCCAAGGAAGAAAUGUUUAUUGCACUUCUAUUGAGGGCAAUGAAGAAUGAUGUUAAUAUAAAGCGUGUAUGUGCAUUCUCAAAGCGUCUGUUGCAGGUUGCCCUACAGCUGCCGCCUCAGUAUGCUUGUGGAUGUCUAUUUUUGCUUUCUGAAGUUCUGAAAGCCCGUCCUCCUCUAUGGAAUAUGGUGCUCCAGAAUGAGGUUGUUGAUGCUGAUGAUGAUCUCGAGCAUUUCGAAGAUAUUACUGAAAAUGACGGCGAUCAGGCAAUUCCUGAUAAUAGCAACAAGAAGGGCCAAGUAGCUGAAACCAGUCACGCAUCUGAUGAUGAUAGCGAGGAAUCACUUCUUGAAGGUGCAACCUCUGAUUCCGAUGAGGAUGGCCAAAAUGAAGCAGAUGAUUUAUUCGGGGGAGGUGGUUUCAAAAAAGCUGUGAAAUCGAAGUUGAAGUCGACUGGUGACCUUGAAGUGUGCAGUAAUCAAGCUCCCACCCCACCACCCGGAGGUUACGACCCGCGGCACAGAGAACCUGCUUAUUGCAAUGCAGAUCGGGCCGCCUGGCGGGAGCUGACAGUUUUUGCUUCACACGGGCACCCUUCCGUUGCUGCAAUGGCCAAAACUCUUCUCUCUGGAGUGAACAUUGUGUACAAUGGUAACCCCAUCAGUGACCUCUCCCUUGGCGCAUUCCUGGACAAGUUCAUGGAGAAGAAGCCUAAGCAGAACACGUGGCAUGGCGCCUCCGACAUUGAACCUGCCAAGAAGAUUGACAUGAACCAUCAGCUGAUAGGGCCAGAGAUCCUGUCGUUGGCCGAGGCCGACGUGCCACCUGAGGAUGUAGUUUUCCACAAGUUUUACAUGAACAAAAAGGACUCCUCCAAGAAACUCAAGAAGAAGAUGAAAAAGAAGAAGACAGCUGAGGACGAGGCUGCUGAGGAGAUCUACGCCGUUGCCGGUGACGAGGACGAAAGCGACAACGAAGAGAUCGAAAACGUGUUGGACGCUUCCAACCGCUCAGAGGCAGACAGCGAUCAUGACUAUGACGAUCUCGACAAUGAAGACGAUGAAGACUUGAUAGCCGAGGGUAGCGACGGAGAAAUCGACAUCCCCACAGACGACGAAGUAUCCGACGAAGGCGGAGCCAGUUUGGACGAGGACAGUGAUGAUGAUGAUAUCAUGGAAGGACAAGCAGAAGACGGCAGCGACUUCGACGAAGAUGAGGCAGCGCUUGGCGAAGGCGGUUUUGGCGACGACAGCGACCUUGACGAGGGCUUCGAACAAGGGAAGAAGAUGAAGACGAAGACGAAGACGAAGAAGCGGAAAUCGAGUAAAGGUCCUGGAGCUUCCCCUUUCGCCAGCCUUGAAGAGUAUGAACAUUUGAUGGAGGAAGAAAGUCUUGAACCGAAUGCACCCAAAGAGAAGAAGCACAAGUCGAAGAAGGAUAAAAAGAAGAGAAAACUAUCUUAGUCGCAGCUCUGCUUGUGCAAGUUAAUGCAGAACUCCGGCGACGGCGAUUCUCCGAUGUGUUCCGGAAGGAUGCACGGUGCGGCCGUGCAUACAGAAGCAGAAGCUUCUUCUGCCUAUUUGAGAGAUGGUUAGUAAAUUUUGUCAUAACUUCGGAAAAUGUGCUCAUUCCUGUUGUUUUAGUUAUAAACCUAUAAAUCUUGUUUUAGGGGAAUUUUGUUGGGACUCUAUGCUUCUCCCCAAUUUAUGAAGAUCAAUCUUUUUAUGUGCCAAAA